AUGUUUUUAUCGGGACACACUGCAAUGUUUGUCACAGUGAAGCACACAAGAAACCUGAACACUUGUGAUGUGCAGGGCCUGGAAAGCAUGGAAAGUGAUCCUGUUGAUGCCUGUGCCACUCGCUGCCUUACUUUUCAGCUCGGGCUCAAUCAACUUGUGCGGUUUUCCACCAACCCAACAGCCAUUAUAUACGUGUUUCCCGCCAUGGCUAUGACCUAUGAGAGUCUCAAUUUUGACACAGCGGAAGCAGUCCAGAAGCGAAACGAAAAAGUAACUGCUUUCUUGGAGCGUCAUGGUUUUGCGGGUGUGAACAGUUUGCGAGAUACCAGUGACGUUCACCGGUUUGUCCGGGUUCAACAGCUGUAUCCUUUGGAUGUAGCAGAAGAGCUGGGUGACCGGCCGAUGCUCAGCUUUUUGAGGCUGUCAGGUGCCAAGAAACGCUCAGAGCGCACAUUUGGCUCAUUUGGUGGUCUUCUGGGAAGUCUUUUGUCAUUCCGAAGGAGGUCUUCCACUGCCUCUGCUAAAGCUACGGAUGACUCAAGCGAUGGAUCCAGCACAGAGGACAUGCCAAGACGAAGUUGCCUCGUCAAGAAGCAGAUUGGCGACGAUAUCAUGUCUGUGUGGGUUUGA